UACUUACUGCGGGGGCGCCCACAUCCUUGUGUGAUGCCAGAGGGUAUUUCAGUGUGAGCCUUCCCCCUACACUCAGCAUAACGUUUCUUCGAUUCUGGAGAGAAAAAGAAACUGGCGUCAGGCGAUGGAGUCCGAAAACAUCGAGCUGAACGGUGAUCCGAGUAACGGCGGCAGAGCGGGGGAUGUAGGAGAGAAUCCGCGUAGGAGGCGAAGACAGUCCAUCAACUUCAAUCACUAUGCCAACAAGAAGAGUGCAGCAGAAAGCAUGCUGGAUAUUGCCUUGCUGAUGGCCAAUGCAUCGCAGCUCAAAGCCGUGGUCGAUCAAGGGCCUAACUUCAACUACUAUAUACCACUCAUCAUUCUCAUUAGCCUCUCACUUAUAUUUCAGUUAGUUGUGGGUAUCUUACUGAUAUUCAUUGUCAAGUAUGAUCUGAAUGACCCUAACAAACAAGCCAAGCUGGAUAUUCUCAACAACAUCACCACAGGCCUGGUGUUCAUAAUUGUCAUUGUGAAUAUUUUCAUCACAGCUUUUGGAGUACAACGGCCUCCUUCUUUUGAAACAGCUCCACAACAUCUUUAGCAACCUGUAAAAUAAGAUGUAAUGGAACAUUCUGAGCUACAAACGAAUCUCAAGAUCUCAUGCAUCAUUGGCAAAUUUGCAAAAUUAACAAGAGAGCUUUUAAAAGGCAGGCCUCUUAAAAUUCCUCUCUUAACUUGUGGCACUCUCCAUUGAGAAAUACUACGUGCAUAUUUCCACUGAAAAAGGAGUCAUGCAUCAGUAUUUGAAGUGUACCCAGGGCAUUACAAUUUUGUAAAAUAAAGCUUUUCUGCCAAUACAA